UUAUUGUGUAUGCAGCGGCUGCUGCUGCUGCUGCUCGACGCCGCCUCGGAGCUGCUGCUGCUGCUUCUGCUGCUGCUGGUCCUCGAGGGCGGUGUCAUGAAGCGGGGCCGGGGGAGCGUGAGGGGGCUGAGUAGUAUCGCGUAGGGUGGGCGCACCCGGUGGCGAGGCGUCUCGGGGGUGGGGAGGCGAGACCAGCGGGGGGUUCAAUGGGGGCGUCGACAGGGGCGUCGACAGGGGCGACACCCACCCCUGCUGCAUUGGCCUCAGCGGGUACUCCCCCUGGGGUGACAGGGGCCGGGGCAGCCCCCGAUGGAGCCCCGGUGGUCUCAGUCGGGUGGGCCACUGGCGGGGCGAAGGCAGCAGCGACCGCGACAGCGGCAGCAGCUCUCCCUGCAGCUGCUGGUGCUGCUCCUGCGGCCCCCCAGCUGGCCCAUCCUCCUCGUCGCACCCGAAGUCGCCCCAGCCGUCAUCGACCUCCUCAUGACGCAUCGGGGGCGGCGAGACCUCCUCCUCGGCGACGUCCCCGCCGCCCAUGAGCUUGAGUUCGGGGUCGACCUUCAUCUCGGGGCGGCGCCGCUCCAUCGGCGGGCCGAGAUCCUCGUCGUCAUACUUGCCAGCACGCUUCGACAACAACUUGAUGCGCUCCAUACGAGCCAACUGAGAGACCACAAACCCAUGCACCACGAUGGAUCGGCCGCCGGUUGUGUUGCCGGGGCUGGGCUGGGUCUGCUCACUUACUUACCGUGAAAUCCCAGACGACCUCCUUGGCGUGUAUGCGGAGCAUCACGUCCUCCGUGUUGGUGUCGGCCGUGGCCGCUGCUGCUGCUGGGGCCGAUGGAGCCGCUUCCUGCAGCAACAGCGGCCCGCCUUCAGCUGUGCAAUGGUCUGUAUGCAACAAACAGGCGGACAAAAGGAGAAAGUGAUAUUUGCUCCGUCAUGUUACACACGUAUUUGUUACACACGGACCGUAUCGAUGAUCUGCUCGAUAUGCAGGCGGUCAUCGUGUUGUCUUGUGGUCCGCUCGGAGAAGCUGUCGAGUUGCUUGCAGAGGUCCCUCAGGCACUUGACCAGCCGUUUGGCGGGAAAAUGCCUCAUCUGCUCGUAGAGGCACUUAGCUGCACACCAAGCAUCCCGCUCGGCGUCGACUGUCGUUGAUCCCUGGCCCUGAAAGCAAAAAAUAGGCACACAUACGCGCAUCAAACGUGGGCACACCUCAGUCGCUCACCGCGUCGACUCGAAUGCGUUGUGCCGCGCCUUGUGCAGUGGCAGGGUCGUGGCGAAGGCGGUCCAGGAGAACCGCAUCGAGGCGGCGAAGGGCCUCUCUCCUCAGACCGACGUUGUGUGCCUAGAAAGAGACACACAAUCGUGGAUUUGUAUUUGUUUGUCCGUUCAAAACCUACGUGGAUGUCGCCAUGAACAAGGUAUGCGUCCAU